AAUCGCUUCACUCUCCAUCCUUCUCCACCACCUCGUCUCAUCACUGACUCUUCUCGUCUUCGUUCCUCUUCUUUUCAUCUUGGUUUGAAUUGACUCUGCUGAAUAUAAAAUGGAUAUGGACAAGCUCAGUUACGAGAUCUUCUCCAUUCUUGAAAACAAAUUCCUCUUUGGCUACAACGAACAGCCCAAACUUCAAAACAAAUUCAGCGAUAAGCCUCUCGGUAACGGCAAAGUCAGAAUCCUCUCCAUCGACGGCGGCGGUGCCACUGAUGGUAUUCUCGCCGGGAAAUCACUUGCCCACUUGGAAUCUUUCCUCUCAAAGAAAUCGGGUAACCCAGGUGCCCGUAUCUCCGAUUACUUCGAUGUCGUAGCGGGAUCAGGAGCCGGAGGAAUCCUCGCUGCUUUGUUGUUUACACGUGGCAGAGAUGGUAAUCCAAUGUUCACAGCUAAACAAGCGCUUGAAUUUAUGAUCGAGAAUCGGCGCAAGAUUUUCAGAUCAUCCUCCGGUGGGAUUCUCCGGCGGUGCCUCCGGUCGGCGAAGAUGGAGAAGUUGUUUCGGAAGACUUUUGGCGAGUACACUUUGAAGGAUACGGUGAAGCCCGUGCUGAUAACAUGCUAUGAUCUCGCCACUUGCGCGCCGUUCUUGUUUUCCCGCGCAGACGCGUUGGAAGUGGACGGCUAUGAUUUUAAGAUUAGGGACGUGUGCCUGGCCACGGCGGCUGAUCCGACGGUUGUGGGAGCCGUGGAGAUGAAGUCCAUUGACCAGAGGACGAAGAUUGUGGCCGUUGGUGGCGGCAUUGCUAUGAAUAAUCCGACCGCUGCUGCAAUUACCCACGUGUUGAAUAAUAAACUGGAGUUUCCGUUUUGUAACGGAGUCGAGGACCUCGUCGUAGUGUCGUUGGGUAACGGAGAGUCGGAUUACGGCGUUUCGCCAAAACGGAGUCUGUUGCCGUCACAAUUCGUUAAAAUAGCUGGUGAAGGAGCUUCGGAUAUGGUCGAUCAAGCUGUUUCCAUGGCAUUUACUCAGGGUGGGACAAGCAAUUAUGUCAGAAUUCAGGCAAAUGGCAUUAUUGCAAAGAAUGAGCAUGGGAAGCUAGAGAAAGCAAUGAAAACAAACAGGAAAGAAGAAAUAUUAUGUGCAAUUGAGGAAAUGUUUUCAAAAAACACUUAUGAAUCCAUUCUUUUUCAAGGGAAAAAGAUGGUGGAAAGCACAAAUCUAGAGAAGCUGGAGUUGUUUGCAGGAGAAUUGAUCAAAGAGCAAGAGAGGAGAAAAACAAGUAUUCUUCCAACUGUUGUGUUGAAGCAUUCAUUUCCAACACCAAGAACUUCAUCGGCCACAACUUUAUCAACACUCUCUUCUUCAUCCUAAUUCUGGAAAUUUGAGACAUUCUUAUAAGUUAAUCGAUCAUAUCAAAAGAAUCGUUUAACACGAUCGAUCAGGGUUGAGACAUGAUCAAUGGUUAAUUGAUUAUAUAUUUGCAUUUGUUGCCGCUUUGGACGAACUUUAAAAUGUUUAAGUCCAAGCCGAGCUUAUAAGUUUUCUUAUUAAUUUCUAGUUUGAUUUGUAUAUGUAUUACAUAUAUACGGUAGUAUGAUCAGUUGUAAUAUAAAUUAAAGCUUGUAAUUUGCUAGUAAUGUUAUUCAAUCUCUUAUUUUAUUUUAUAA